GAUGGGAGUAGGUGUUACUUAGACAGCAAACCCUUGCACCCUCAAAGGGAGUGAAAAAAAAAAGUGAAAGUCUGCACGUUUAUUCUUACCAUGGAGCGCCAAGCUGCAGCCGUGUUGCUUCUCCUCCUGUGUGUCAUCAUCAUCACUACCACUGAGGGAUUCACCCCAAAUUGCUGCAUAAAAACUGCACAUAAGAUUCCCCGGAACUUAAUAAGAAAAGCUGACAAAUAUGAAAUACAGUCAGAAGGUGGAUUGUGUGAAAUUAAAGCCCUGAUCUUGUAUGUGGGAAAGAAGAAACUUUGCUUUGAUCCUAAAAUGGAAUAUAUGAUGAAGAAUAAAUAUAAGCAUGCCUACAGACAAAAUUAGUGAUGACAUCAUACUAAGAAAUGUCCCACUGUAGGGACUGUCAUUUUUUCUGAGAUUUCUUUACAGAAUAUGUACGAUGUAUGAGAUGGUUUGUAUUCAGUAGCAGAAACAAUUACAACUAAUAAAGGUUUUGGGUUUCAAUCAAGAAAAUUA